UCAGUGUAGUCAAGCAUGUUAUUUAUUAGUUCGUUACUGAUAAAUCGUCUUGUUAAUCUCAAGGCAUUGCAUCUGAUAUUGCUGCUAAAUGUUUCCGCAGCUGAUCCACCCAAGGCCGAGGAAGCUAUUAGAUGGUUUUAUCCAUCAGCAUCUGCAGGCAAUGCUCGUGCUCAAUACAACCUAGGCCUUUGCUUGCAGAACGGGAAGGGUGUCAAACAGAAUCAGAAGGAAGCUGCAAAAUGGUAUUUGCGAGCUGCAGAGGGAGGGAAUGUACGGGCCAUGUAUAACAUUUCCUUGUGUUACAGCUAUGGUGAAGGGCUUGGACAGGAUCCAGUGCGUGCUAAGAGGUGGCUUCAACUAGCUGCUGAUUGUGGUCACAAGAAAGCUCUUUAUGAGUGUGGUAUUAAGCUUUGUGCGGCAGGAGACAAGGUCAAGUGUUUCAUGUAUCUAGAGCUGGCGACACGGCGUGGAGAAGCUGCUGCUGCUCACAUGAGGGAUGUAAUACUUGAAUCGCUCUCUGUUGUGAAUGCGCAACGUGCCAUGUCGGAUGCUGAUAAAUGGAAGCCUAGGACACUCCAUCCUAGACCUAGAAGGUGAGGAAAUGACCACGCCAAAGUGCAGAAGAACCAUAUCAUCAAGAUAUUUGCUAUGGAAUAGGGAUUAUAUUUGGGUGUAUGCUAACAGCGUGACCAUCAACUCGAAUGAGCUAUUCUAAGUCCGGGCAGUGACCGCAGCUGACCAUCUACUCUGCUAGCUAGUCCAUGCAGGUGUUCGUCAACGGCCAGUCCUAUGAGUUCUUCAACAAUAGGCGUCGUGUAUGGUGGCUAUGAUAGUCCCAAGCUAACAUACAACGGGCAUGUGAAGAUGUGGCAAGGCAACAACAAGAAAUUCAGAACCAUACGGCCUCCGUGUAAGCUCAUAGCACUAGAAGUUCAGAACACUUCUUUAUUAGUAAUAUCCCCCCUUUGCCCUAGAGAUGAGCAAGAAAGGUUUAUUAUUUUUCUACUUGAUUUCACUACUGUUCUUCCUUUUGUAAGCACAUUUGACGUUUGAAACAAGAAUUAGCUAAUAGAGAUGUCAUUUGCAGUAGCUCGCUCUUUACAAAUUCCAAUUGGUUUAAUUUGCAUUUGACAAGGACAAAUCACUAAAUGAUGG